AAUAUUUUUAAUUUCUAGUCUUGGGAUUUGAGGGAAGUCUCCUGUCCAAAUGCAAUCCAAGCUUCACCCUGCAGAGUUUUUCAGCAUCAACCAAGACUGGCUGGGUUGAAGUUCUCUGUUGUGAACCCAGCAUUUCCAAGAUUGGCCUUUGCCCAUUUUUCACUGUUUUUGCAUAAUCUAUCAAGAUGUGCCGUGAACUCACCGUUCAAUUUCCUUAUUCAAUUUAGGUAUCUUCUCCAGCUGCGUCCCUGUGUACCUGUUAGAGAUUUCCCCCACCCCCACAAGAGGAUCUAUGACUGCAACCUCAGUCCUGUUUCUCACCCUUGGUGUUCUGAUAGGUCAUAUGUUAGGAAUCCCCCAGAUUCUGGGGAACAAAGAAGGUUUCCCAUUAUUGGCUGCUGUACUGGGUAUCAUUGCUACUGGAUGCAUUUUGCUACUGCUUAACUGUCCAGAAAGCCCCCGGUUUAUAUUAAUUCAGAUGAAGGAUGAAACAAAAGCAAGACAAGUCUUAAGAAGCCUGCGGGUUCAGGAGGACGUGGAGGAUGAGAUUCAGGAACUCUGUGCAGAAGACCUUUACGAAUACACGGCCAAUGAGAAAGAGAUGACUACCUGGAAACUCUUACGCACUCAAAGAUUUCGGUGGCCUGUAGUCACCAUCAUUGUUAUGAUGGCUGGAAGCCAACUCUCGGGCAUCAACGGGCAAACCAACAAACUGCAAUGUGGAUCGCGGGGUUUGUUUUACACUGGAAUCGGGUUGUUUUGGGUAACCCAUUUCCCUUCUCUUUUACGGGCAGCAGAUAGAAAGCCCAAAUCUCCUUCAUUCUCCUCUCCCCAACAACCUUUGGGUCCGCGGCGCCCUCUUCAGUGCAACUCCUCUUUUUCACUUGGACCGCAGAUGAUGUUUUACUCAGAGGAAGUCCACAGAGUUAUGGGCUUCUUGGAGAAGAACGCCAAUAUCCUUUCUAUAGGCAUCAAUAUCAUCUCCACCUUAACCGUCCUCACCGUGAUCAAUUUGAUCGAGACGUGGGGGCGGAGAAUUCCUCUCAUCAUGGGCUUUAUGAUCUGCAGCAUGACUUGCAUCCUCUUAACGUUCACCCUCGAAUUCCAGGUCCAUAACACUUUAUUAGCCUACCUGAGCCAGAUUUUCAUUGUUAUCUUUUUAAUUGGGCACAUGAUAGGACCAGCUACGGUCUGCGUUGUUAUCCUGGGAGAACUUUUCCUUCAAUCGAGCCGUGCCUCGGCCUAUGCGGUCGGAUGCUGUGCAAUGUGGUUCGCUAACUGUAUCUCUGGGCUGAUUCUGAUCAAGUUGGAGUCACUCCUGGGCCCCUACUCUUUGCUGCUCUACUGGCCCCCCUGUGUGGCCACCUUCAUUUACCUUUUCAAGAUGAUCCCUGAAACCAAGGGGAAAUCCUUUCUGGAGAUCCAGAAGGUCAUGUCAGAGCGCUUAGCCAAGCCAAGGAAGAAAAAGCAACUCAAAAUGAAAGAAACUCUCUGAAUUUAUUAAAAA